AUGACUCAACCAACCAACCGCCGGCUGGAGAAGGUGGAAGAUGCAGCCAAGUGGAGAGACAAAUGCAUUCAAACAGAAGAUGGCUUUGGGCCAGAGGUUGCGGGUGGCGUUGCCGCCGCAAGGGAAAGCACUAACUGCAACAUCAACAACAACGCAACAGGCAACCAGAGCAGCCGAGGCAACAAAGAUGAGAAAUCGCUGGCUUCCUGGCUUCAUGAAGAAAUGAGUCGGAAAAACUUGUUCAUCUUCAGCUCUAACGAGCUAACGGACCGACAAGCGGGCCAACUCAACUGA